GCUAUAGAGACGAAACCGGGAGUUCUACGGCAACACCGUUUUUUGCAGGAGCCCCAUCCGCGCCGCUACCACCACGGCCCAGACAAGACGAUGUGUUGUGCUGAGUGGACAUAGCCCGCAUCCACAGAGCGUCCGGUGACGACCACCACCCUCCACCACCACCACCAGCCUCCUGCAGCCCUCAGUGCAGCCCCGCGUCCUUGCUUGCAGAUGGUGAUCGGCGGACGGACAGACCUCGGCCCGAUUCAUGCCGCCGAACGCGCCCGGAGCGUGAGACCCCACGAGUAGAAGCAUGCAGGUGAAGAAUCAGCAGAUAUGCACCGAAAGGAGCACCGGCGACGACCCGGAGCAGGAUGACAGCCAGAAGAAGACGUCGUGCUUCUCCAACAUCAAGAUCUUCCUCGUGUCGGAGUGCGCGCUCAUGCUGGCCCAGGGCACGGUGGGCGCCUACCUGGUGAGCGUGUUGACCACGCUGGAGCGCCGCUUCAACCUGCAGAGCGCCGACGUGGGCGUCAUCGCCAGCAGCUUCGAGAUCGGCAACCUGGCGCUCAUCCUCUUCGUCAGCUACUUCGGCGCCAAGGCCCACAGGCCGCGCCUCAUCGGCUGCGGGGGCAUCGUCAUGGCGCUCGGCGCGCUGCUGUCGGCGCUGCCCGAGUUCCUCACGCACCAGUACGAGUACGAGGCGGGCGACUCGUGGCACGCCGACGAGGGACGCGACAUCUGCUCCAACACGUCGCGCACGGAGAGCCGCGAGGCGGGCUUCAGCUGCGGCAACCGGGCCAACACCAACAUGAUGUACCUGCUGCUGAUCGGCGCCCAGGUGCUGCUGGGCAUCGGGGCCACGCCCGUCCAGCCGCUGGGUGUGGCGUACAUCGACGACCACGUGCGCCGGAAGGACUCCUCGCUGUAUAUCGCUAUCCUGUUCUCCACCCUGGUGUUCGGUCCAGCCUGUGGCUUUAUCUUAGGUUCUGUUUGCACCAAAGUCUACGUGGACGCCGCCUUCAUCGACACAAGUAAACUGGACAUCACCCCGGACGACCCGCGGUGGAUCGGCGCGUGGUGGGCGGGCUUCCUGCUGUGCGGUGCCUUACUCUUCUUCUCGUCCCUCUUCAUGUUCGGCUUCCCCCAGUCGCUGGACCCCCAGGACGUGGACAGCGGGGUGGAGAGCGAGCAGGCCAUGCUGCCCCCCUCCCUGAACACAGAGUACGACAAGCCCGGCAACGCCGCCGUGCUCCACUUUGAUGUCAACAGCGGCCUCACCGUCUGUCAGCAUCUACGAGUCAUACCUCGGGUGACCCGUUUCCUGCUGUCCAACCCCGUGUUCACCUGCGUGGCGCUGGCGGCCUGCAUGGAGAUAGCGGUGGUGGCGGGCUUCGCGGCCUUCCUGGGGAAAUACCUGGAGCAGCAGUUCAACCUCACCACCUCCUCAGCCAAUCAGCUCCUUGGGAUGACCGCCAUUCCCUGUGCCUGCCUUGGUAUCUUCCUGGGUGGGCUGCUGGUGAAGAAGCUCAACCUGUCGGCUCUGGGGGCCGUACGCAUGGCCAUGCUGGUCAACCUCAUCUCCACCGCCUGCUACGUCUCCUUCCUCUUCCUGGGCUGUGACACCGGGCCGGUCGCCGGGGUAACCGUCCCCUACGGCAACGAGACGCUGAGGUCCAGGCAGCGGCUGGAGCCCGCCUGCAUCAGUAACUGUAACUGCUACACCUCCUCCGUCAGCCCCGUGUGCGGCUCCAACGGCAUCACCUACCUCUCCGCCUGCUUUGCCGGCUGCACCAAACCGAACCUGACAAGCUGUACCUGUAUCUCUUCGAACCGGGAGGAGGCAGUGGCUCUCCCGGGGAAGUGUCCGAGCCCGGGCUGCCAGCAGGCCUUCCUCACCUUCCUCUGCGUCAUCUGUGUGUGCAGCAUGAUCGGCGCCAUGGCCCAGACGCCCUCCGUCAUCAUCCUCAUCAGAACUGUGAGUCCAGAGCUGAAGUCCUACGCCCUGGGAGUCUUGUUCCUGCUGCUCAGACUGAUAGGCUUCAUCCCCCCUCCCCUCAUCUUCGGCAUGGGCAUCGACUCCACCUGCCUGCUGUGGAGCCGUGUGUGCGGGGAGCGCGGCGCCUGCAUGCUGUACGACAACGUGUCCUACCGCCACCUGUACGUCAGCAUCGCCAUCGCGCUCAAGACCUCCGCCUUCCUGCUCUACACCACCACCUGGCGCUGCCUGCGACGCAACUACCGCAAGUACAUCCCCAACGGCGAGGGCUACCUGACGCCCACGGAGAUGCUGGCGUCCAGCGUGACCCUGGACAACCUGGGCAAGGAGAUGACCCACGAGCCCAACAGCCAAACGCAGUUCAUCUACAACCUGGAAGACCAGAGCACCGCAGACAACAUGGAGUCCGUCUUAUAGGGGGAGACAGGUUCCGGAGGAGAGACAGACAGGUUCAAAUACAGCAGCAAGGAAACAGUGACUCCACUUCUCAUCCACUCUUAUGAAUGCGACCAGAAACCCGUUGUCAUGACGACCAGCCUCCCUAGAAACAGCCACCUGCUCUGUGUGACUUCUCUUUUUUUUUUUAUCUUCUCUUUUUUUUUUUUACAGAUUAGUGGGGUCAUUGUUUUCCCCCCCCAAAAAAAUCUUACUUUGUCAUUUCAACUCUUCUCACAAGACUUGAAGACCGACGCGACCCAUCCAGAGCCGACCGGGUCCAAGGAGCAUCACAGUAGUAACCGUAGUUACCGUGGCCACCCUGCUAGCCGUAGGCUCGUUGAGAGAGAGAGAGAGAGAGAGAGAGAGAGAGAGAGAGAGAGAGAGAGAGAGAGAGAGAGAGAGAGAGAG